UUUGAACUUUGAACAAAUAGUUCGCCUUCGCAACCCCGUUCAUAUUCCUACGUUACAUGACAUUUGAGUCUUCGUUUGGUUUAUAUAUAUAAAUCUUCAGGGAAACUUUAGGGUCACCAUUUUGUUACACUGACUUGGAGACCAGCGGUUAGCAUUGUCAACGGCUGGCUUGUUGUCAAUAACGGAACGUUAGCUACUUGAAGCUAACGUUAACCUGCUGUCACAGCUGUAACACUCGUGAAAGUUUGUCUUUUUUUUUCUUUGCAACGAGUGUUUUUUGUAUUUUUUUUUUGUCAACAGACAUGUCGUAGAUAACGUUACUGCUAGAGGAGAGGAGGUGAUGAUGUCUGAGGAGACAGGGACAAACGGGGACCAGGGUGGACCAUCUCCUGACCCCGGGACGUCUCCCAGUAUGGAAGCUUCUGGGCGUGACCUGCACGGUCUUCUGCCUGCUAGUCUCCCAUCUUCUGCAGACAUCAGCCCCUCACCCUCUGCUGAGGCCAAUGGCUUGUUGUCAUUACCGUGGGAGCUGGUGACCCACAUCGCCUCACACCUUCCUGCUCAGUGUGUCAUCACUGUGCUUCCAAUGGUCUGCCAUGCAUUGGGUAAUGUGGGUAAGGACAACACAGCCUGGCAGCUCCGGGCACACAGACUGAUGGGAUCACGAGCUGGCUUCCCAGUGGGGCCGAGGGAGGACUUUGACUGGCCGUCUGCUUGCCUGGAGAUGGAGCAGCUGAUAACCUGCUGGACAGGCCAAGCGCAACUCGUGGCGAGACAGACCAAAGAUGAUGAGGAGGCAAAGGAGCAAGUGGGACUGCGGCAAAGGGCAGGGCAGGAUGGGGAGCCCGUUGCAGAAGGACAGGCAGAUGGUGGAGAGGAUGCAGUAGAAGGGGUGGGAGUGGAAGCGCAGGAGGUCGCGUAUGGUGCUGAUGAAGGAAUGGAGGUGGCGAUGGAAGGUGAGGAUGAUGAAAUGCCGCCCAUAGUAGGUGGGGACCGACUGGCAAGAUUAAGAGAGGAGUUGGGAGAAAGACUGGAGGAUGAUGCAGCAGCCCUAAUGGAAGAAGAAAGGGACCACAUGAUGGUGUUUGGGGCUAAUGAGGGGCAAGUUGGUGCUCUAAAUCGCCAAGAGGACUUGGCAAACCUCAUGAACCUGGGCAAUGGAAGACAAGCAGAGACGGAGCAACCCCAACCCCUCAGAAGUCCUAGCCCACCCGCAGCGCUGGAAUGCAUCACCCUUCCUUCAGACCACAUUGCACCGGUCAACUCAGUCCUCCUUGUGGGGGGAGAGGGGGCGGUUUGUGCCACAGGCUCCAGAGAUUGGAAUGUCAAACUGUGGGAUCUACAGGCAAGCUCUGGUGGCACGCUGCUGCACACAUUGGGAGGGCGGGGAAACUUCAGCACUCACCGGGGCUGGGUCUGGUGCCUGGCGUCUCAGGGACCUCUGUUGGCUUCGGGUGGCUUCGACAGCACGGUGAGGCUGUGGGACCUCCAGGCCGGCGGGGCGGAGAGAGGCCUGAUCAAGUCUGGGGCUGCUGUCCACUGCUUGUGCUUUCAGACAGAUGUGUUGCUGGCUGGUACAUUUGACAAGAGGAUCAGCAUGUAUGACACCCGAGCUGCUGAACCGCUGGUGAAAAGCCUCCGUCUGCACGGUAACGCUGUAAUGUGCCUCGCUGCAGACGACAAGUACAUCAUCUCCGGGAGUAAAGACUGCACUGUGGUGGUCUACGACCGGAGGGCAGGCAAGGGCUUGAAGAAAAUCCGGCUGGGCUCUUACCUGUUGUCCAUGAGCUACAGUGGCUGUGAAGUUUGGGCGGGAGACAACAGCGGCAUGCUCCACUCCUUCUCCAUGCAGGCGGGGACCUUAAAGCCUCUGUCCCAGUUCGAUGUGGGACACACAGCUCUGGUCACCGGCAUCCACAGGUCCCCCGGAAGCCUCUACACCUGUUCAUCUGAUCGUACCCUCAAGGUACAUAUCCCCUGUGCUCCUCCUAGGACAUUAUGCACACUGCGUCACCAAGCUGGAGUUAAUGGGCUGAGUGCGGAGGCUGGAGUCCUUGCUGUAGCGACGGGGGAUGUGAACGUGAAUAUCUGGAAGCCCAGAAAAUGAAAGACCAAGAAACCUGAAGCAUUUUGGGAAUUUACAACCUGUACACAACACAAAAAAAAGGAAAUGUCUCUCUUGCCUUGCAGCCUGUCUGGCUGUGUCAACGUAACAGAUGAACUGUGCUGGAAAUGAAGGCGAGUCGAGUCCUUUUGUGGUACAUAUGGCCAAACAAAUGCUUUUAUUCACUGCACUAACAAACACAAAUGCUGUUUUAAAUAUCCAUGUCCAGUUGUUUCAUUAAGUUGUGAUGCAAAAAGUCAUGGUAGAGGUACUGUUUGGGAAGAUUCAGGUCACUUGUGUUGGUUCAGCAAAAAGCCCUCAAGCCUUUGUUUUUAAUAUCUUGUUGAGAUAUUCCUCUGCAAACAGAAAAAAAACAUAAUUGAACACAGGAAAUAUGUUUACUGGUAAUGUUUGUCUCAUGUCAAGAGACACUGUGUUUGUCUCUCCUCUUUUAAUUGUUAAAACAGUGCGGAAACUAGUUUGUAGUAUUUACAUGCUCGCAAAUUCCCUGAUCCCGUUACAGCGACUGAUAUUGUACCAAAAGCAUUAGUUACUUUGUGUGUUCAGUAAAAUACUUUUACCCUCUGGCACACCGACUGUAUCUGUAAAGCUGCUUAUUUGAACACUCCUCAGUGCUAAUCAAUGGGACCUUUUUUGUAGGUACGUGUGUGAGAGUUUGUUUGUUUACUAUUUAAUUGCUUGGAUGAAUUUAACUCUGACGCACAAUUACUUGACAGAUGCAUAUAUUAAAACACAUUGAAAGACUUCUUCCACAGAAGAGCGAAGUGAA